AUGCUGUUGUCGCUGAAUUCGGGUUCAGUAAAAGUAAUUUAUUGGUUCCUCAGAAAAUGUCUGGUUUUGGUGAAUGUGCAACACUUAGCAAAGGAUUUAACCGUGGACUAGGGACACUUUCAGCUGGAGGGCUUGCUUUAGGCAUGGCUGAAUUGUCAGAAUUUGCUGGAGAAGGGGAAGAAGUUGUUAUUAUUAUCAGUAUCUUCAUAGUAGGAUUUAUUACUACUUAUGCAAAACUGCAUCCAACAUUGAAGCCUUAUGAAUAUGGAUUUCGAGUGUUUCUGUUGACAUAUUGUUUCAUUAUGGUGUCUGGGUAUAGGACAAGGGAAUUUAUCCAUACAGCUGUGACACGAUUCUUGUUAAUUGCACUGGGUGCUGCUGUUUGUCUGGUGGUAAACAUAUGCAUUUUUCCCAUUUGGGCUGGUGAGGAUCUACAUGGUUUGGUGGUGAAAAAUUUUUUCAAUGUGGCAACUUCCUUGGAAGGUUGUAUUAAUGAGUACCUUAAUUGUGUGGCAUAUGAAAGGAUCCCUUCCAGAAUUCUUACUUACCAAGCUUCAGAUCACCCAGUUUACAGAGGGUACAGAUCAGCUCUACAAUCUACAAGCCAGGAAGACGCUCUGCUGGGUUUUGCUAUCUGGGAACCACCUCAUGGUUCGUACAAGUCAUUUAGAUAUCCAUGGAAGAAUUAUAUCAAAGUAAGUGGAGCACUGAGGCAUUGUGCGUUCAUGGUCAUGGCAUUGCAUGGCUGUAUCCUUUCAGAAAUACAGGCUCCAGCUGAGCGGAGACAGGUCUUUCGUGAAGAGUUGCAGAAGGUAGGUGCUAAAGGUGCUAAAGUCUUGCGUGAAAUUGGGAACAAAAUAAAAAACAUGGAGAAAUUAGGUUCUGUGGACAUUCUGUGUCAAGUAAGUGAGGCUGCAGAAGAGUUGCAAGAUAAAAUUGACCGAAAAUCAUACCUUCUAGUCAAUGCUGAGAGUUGGGAAAUUGGGAACCGAGAAAAGGGUCAGGCAGACGGUCACGAUCUUCUCAACUUGGAUAAUGAUGAAAAUAAGGUUCUGAAUUGUAAGUCUUAUAGUGAAGCUGUUCUCGAUCUCAGAUCACUUACAAUACCAAAGAGUUGGGACUGUAAGACCACGAAUACUGAUGUGAACUCUAAACAGGCCCCCGACGUUCUCUCUGAGGAUAAGUUCAAGAAGCAGAUAUCAUGGACUAAUGGUGUUUCUUUUGUUGCUGGUGCAAUGCCUAACUUAGAAGAAGAGUCAAAAACAUAUGAGAGUGCAAGUGCAUUAUCACUAGCAACAUUCAGUUCACUCUUAAUUGAAUUUGUUGCAAGGCUGCAAAAUGUCGUGGACUCAUUUGAAGAGUUAAGUCAGAAGGCAAAUUUUAAAGAUCCUUCUGAGCAACCAACACCAAUGGUAUGCUGAUAACCCCUUAAAUCUUGGAUCAGAAUGUUUAGAUGCCCCAAGUUCUAGAACAGUGAAGUUUAUGGCAUCUUAGGUAGUAUAAAAACUGUAGAAUUAAUCCUAUACUGUUCUUUUCUCUCUCCUCUUUUUUUAUCUCUCUAAAAGUGAGUUUGACUUUGUGUAUUUUAGUAAGUAAAAAUUUUAAAUUGAG